AUGGCAGAUACUCUCAAAGACGUUCCUGAGUUCUUUGAAAACGAACUCGGAGAAUCAAUAGCUGCACGUACAGACGCUUUAGGCACUUUUCGUGAGCUUGGUCCUCCAGAUUUAUGUCAUAUAAUCAAAUCUCACUCGAAGCCAGGAAUGAAAGAGUUAGGAAGUUAUCAUUAUGUCUCAGGCGUGGAUGCAUCGUCAUCUGCAACUUUAGCAGCCUAUUUAAACUCGUUAACUUACUCACUGGACGAAACCCAGUCAUGGUUCUCGAAAUCAAACGCUUGGCGCAUUCGUUCUGGCAUCUACUGCUGCUUUAACGCCUUUUCUCGUGUGGAUGUGCGAGUCGAGGUCAAGAUCCCUGGAGGUGUAGAGAGUUAUUAUGUUGACGUUAGAGGAGAAAGACAUGAGGCAACUACGGCCAUUUGGCAGGAAACUUAUCUAUCUGCUGUUCUUCGUGCUAUUUUAUAUUCAGAUGAUAGCUACUACAGGCUUGCUGGAUAUCGCAAAAUGGAUCCUAUCACUAAUUUAGCAUCAGAAAGCCGAUUUUUGGAAGCUGUUGAUGCACUCUUUUGGAGAGGAUGGCAAUUAGGCAGUAACCCGGAAAUCCAAACAGCUACAAGUGUUCACAACCAUUUAGCCUCAGGAGUAAUGAAAUAUUUUGGUGACAGUUUUAGAUAUGGACCAGCUAUCGAACUAUAUGAAAAAUUAAGGAAAAAGGACCCUGAGGUUGGAGCAUUACUUGCACAGUCAUACAUUGGACAAAAUGAAGAGAUAAGGGCAGUUCGCGUUUUGAAUAGUGAGUUAAAGCGUAUGCCUAUGAGUUAUCCUUUGUUGCACGUUCAAGUUGAUUUCCUUCGAAGCAAGGGAGAAUACGAAAUGGCUUUGAAGCUUGCCAAAUUUGCAGUCAACACUACCCCUUCUGAGUUUCUUACUUGGGCAAAGCUAACAGAAGUGUAUAUUGAUAUUGGAGACUACAAAAGUGCUUUGUUGACUUUAAAUUCAUGUCCAAUGUUCACGUAUAGUGAGCGUGAUAUGCAUAGAAUGCCAGCACCCAUUAAAACACACUUGCCAAUUAAAACCGACAUUCUAAACUCUGGAAUCAUGGAAGAGGAUGCUGCAGGACGAGAAAAUGAAGCAGAUCCAAAUCUAUCUCGACUGCCCGCACCUGCUUUGCAUGGUACGUUUGCAAAGGCAUAUUCACUUCUGACGCGCUUAGCAAGCAAGAUUGGAUGGGAUGAUCUAUUAAAGUGCCGUUCUCAAGUGUUUGUGAUGGAGGAAGAAUAUCGCAUGCAAAAGGCAAAGGAAGAUAUACAAAAGUCAAGUGUUUCCAUAAAUGGAGAUGCUGAAAAUGAAGUACAGGAUACAGCAGAUACCACUGAGGCAACAGAAGAUACAGAAGAGCAGCCCAAGGUGGAAGCAACAGAGAAUACAGAAGAACAGAUUAAUGGUGAAGCAAACAAAGAUGAAAAGGAAGAAGGCGAAAUCGUAGGAAAGAUGGAGACUAUUGAUCUAAAUGGUGAUGAAAACAAAGCAAGUGCGCCGAUUCAAGUGCAGCAUACACCACUUGUACGUCCUAAGCAGGUUGCUGAAGACAAACCCAAUUCUAAUAAUGGUGAUCCCAGCAGUGCUUCUAUUCAAAAUGCGCCUCACCCAAGUGAUGGAGUUAGCUUUACAUUCAGCAACAAGCGCCUUUGUGAACGCUGGUUAGAUAACCUAUUUAUGGUUCUAUACGAAGAUCUGCGCAUAUAUACCUUUUGGAAAACUGAAGCAGCUCACUAUAGGGCCCAACAGAUGCCCUACCGUAAAACUGGCACAGAAUGGGAACUAUUGGGUGAUCUUGCUCUUCGUCUUUGGCAUCAAAACGAUGCUAAAGAAGCAUAUGAACAAUGUCUGGAUCAUAAAUUCUCUGCUAAAGCAUGGAUGAAAUUACUCGAGAUUUAUGUAUCCGAAUCAAACGUGCAAAGAGCUCUUUUGGCUGCUGUUAAAUUAACAGUAUAUCACGAGAGAUGGUACCAUGAGAUAGUGUACCCAAGUGAAAUUGCACGAAAUCUUAAUAUCCUUAUUCGUAGAGAAGGUCUUUCUAAAAUGCAAAAUAUGUUAACCUCCAUGAACCUGCCUCGUCCAGUUCAACAGUUGAUGACUCGGUAUUUUGACUAUGCCGAGUUAUUCAAGGUUGAAGGUUAUGAAUUCUAA